CUGCGAAAAAAUGAAGAUCAUCCUGAGCAUCCCACUUCUCGCUCUUGUGGUUUUCAAGUCCAUAAAUGAAGGAAGUUGUGAUGAACAACCAGCCCCAGUUGUGGUCAGGGUUCCCUACAAGGGCUUUAUAAUGGUACCAUUUUUUGAUGGGAAAAUUUAUGGUGGAGGAUAUCAUGAAAGAGUGAAACAGAUUCCUGCAUGGGUUCGCCACCCAAAAUCACAUCCAGAUGAAUGUGCAGUUUAUGUCGAAUUUCCAGAUAAUACGGGUUAUGUGGCUACUUUAAAACAUUUGCCGAAAGCACCUGCUGUGAAAGGUAUCAAAAAUGUUCAUGCUGCUGUAAAAGUGACUGAUGGAUUUGCAAUCAUGCCACUCCAGUAUAUCGAUCCCGAAAAAGUUCCAAACAAAGUUGUGCAUACCCGUGUUUAUAUGGUUACGCCACAGGGCAAAUUGAUGUUUGGAAUUAUCACAAAAAAAGAAGUAAAAUCAAUUAAAAUGCCCUCAAAAUUGUAA